UCGGGGGAGAUUGCACUUUGUGUAAAGUACAUCUAUAGCAGUGUGGAAGAAGAAGUUUGACACAUCAUAUCAUCUUUUUUUGAGUAGCACAGAAGAGAUGGACCAGCUAUCGCCCCGGUCCGCAGUGGGCAGUGAGGAUGUUACAGAUGACUCCACGUCCAUGCUGGAUGUCCAGUGGAGCUCUGAUGAAGAAUUGAGCUCCUCCGACCCUCAGAGCCAGUGUCUCCCUGCUCCGUCUCCUCUGCCCAACUACAAGCAGAGGUUGGAUGAAUUCAAGAAGCUGUUCAGAGAGCUGCCCGAGUCCGAGAGGCUCAUAGUGGACUACCCGUGUGCCCUGCAGCGGGACAUCCUCCUUCAGGGCCGCCUCUACCUGGCAGAGAACUGGCUCUGCUUCUACAGCAAUGUGUUUCGGGGUACAAAGAUUACACUGACUCUCAAAGACAUCACGAGUAUGACCAGAGAGAAAACUGCUCGUCUAAUUCCCAAUGCCAUCCAGGUCUGCACGGCAACAGACAAGUUCUUCUUCACGUCCUUCUCAGCAAGAGAGAAGAGUUACCAGGGAGUUUUCCGCAUGUGGCAGAACACCCUGUUGGACAAGCCUCUAACCAGCUUGGAGUUGUGGCAGAUGGUCAAACAGCAUUAUGGGAAUGACCUGGGUCUGAGCCAUGAGGAGAUGGAUAGUUUACACAUGUCAGAAACAAGCAUGCAUACCAGCCUGCAGACAGCGAGGCCUGGUGGUGAUGAGGGUGUAGGGAGGCUCGAGCGCCCGCCUUCCCUUCGCCUCCCCGGGAUGGAGAACGGGCCUUAUGGAGGGCCUCCACUCCAGGACGAACUUCCCUUCGAACCGCUCGGCUCACAACAACCUCUCAACAUGGAAGACGCUCGCAGCCCCCCUCUCAGCGGCGCAUCCGGCUCCUCGCUGGACCGCCUCGCCCACGAACGGCGUCAAGCGCUCGUCGCUUUCUCUCGACCUCAACGCCAAAUCAAACAACGCGUCCGAGCAGAGCGGCUCAGAAAGAAUGAGGAUGUGGAGGAACGAGUGGUAACGUCCGAGGUCCAGGGUCGACUUUUUAUAAACAAGGUGUUCCACAUCAGUGCCAACAAGAUGUUUGAGCUGCUGUUCACCGACUCCAGCUUCUUCCGCAGGUUCAUGAUCGUCAGGAAGACAACCAACUCCAGCUCUACUGCUUGGCAGAAAGACGCCUCAGGACACAUGAAGCGGAGUCUGAACUACACAAUAAGUAUCAGCAACCCCCUGGUAGGAAAAUUCUCCACCGCUACAGAGAACCAGACGCUGUACAAAGAAUCCCGGGAUGGUCAGUACUACCUCUUGGACUCAGAGGUGUACACUCACGACGUUCCCUAUCACGAUUACUUCUACACUCAGAAUCGGUACUACAUCAUCAGCAACUCGAAGCGGAAGUGUCGACUAAGGGUGUACACCGAUGUGAAAUACAAGAAGCAGCCAUGGGGCCUGGUCAAGUCCUUCAUCACCAAAAACUCCUGGAGCGGCAUCGAAGAUUAUUUCCGACAGCUGGAGGCAGAGCUGCUGGAGGAGGAAGUGGAGAUGAAUCAAGGAGGUGGAGACACGGGGAAGAUAGGUGGUCUUCGGAGGAGGAGGCGGACCUACAGCCGGACCCUGCCCGAGCACAUGAAGCCCAACAAGCAGUACGGGCAAGACCCCGAACAGCGCAGAGAUAGCAACAUGGGCCCCAUAGAAAUGAACAGCCCGCACGGAUGGAGCUCCACAACAUUAGUGAUUGGGAUGAGUUUGAUUUUGCUGAUUCUGACGUUGAUGAAUCUGGGUCUGUUUUUCAAGUUGUGGGCCAUGGAGGACGUAGCGCACCGCAUGUACCUGAGCACCAAGCAUCGGCUGAGGGAGAGGAACGAAGCCCGCUUGGCCCCUGAUUACAUGCCCAGACAGGGACCAGAGUACCAGAGCAGAGAAGACGCACAGCUGCUAAAAAAUGUCCUGCAGGACUCCAUCAACCUAUUAGAACAGCUCCGCAGCUCUCUCUUGGUGCUGCACAAGAACUUUGGGAUGGCCAAUCGUACGGCAGACCCAGAGUGAUGCUCCUCCCCUGGGCGUCUGCAGAGAUCCCCGGCCCUGUGGAGGAUAAAAAAGGACUGCGGUAAUGAGCUGCCUCUGAGGAGAUCUCUGUGAUGUUUCCAUGUUGACGUCCCCAGACUCCUGACAUGAGUUCCCAGGAGUGAUACGUCCGGGGCGGGGCAUCAAAAGCAAGCGUUGUGGACUAACAGCUGAGUCGGACACACAUGGAUCACUAUUUCCUUAAACAGUGGCGUUGGAUAUCAGAAAAAGCCUUCGUUAUGUGCCUUCCUCUCCACUGAUGAGCCAUGCCACGCCAAAUUAGCUAUUGUAAAAAGUUUUAUUUUCGUUUAAGUGAUUUCAUAUUAUUUAAAACCUAUUUUCUCUAUUUACAUUUUUUCACAUUUUAAUUGUUGAACAGGUGCCUUGUAGGUUAGGCUGUGUUUUAGAUAUAUUUGUAGGUAAUUUCCUUUUUUAUAAGAAUAAAUAUUUUAGAAUCAGUGAUGAUUUAUCUUGUUUUAUAUUAUGUACACUGCAGGAAACAUUUAAAACGGUAAAAUAUUUGUAUUAUACUGUUUAUGAGCCAAAUCAGGUGUUCAGGAGAUACUGUUUUUUAACGCAUAUCAGCACUUAUUCAUCUUCCUGUACAGGUGUUAUCACUCUUGUAUGUCCUUAAGUUAAAUACUUGGUGAAGGGUCAGUGAUGCUGUCUCAGGUCAUCUCAGCACUAUCUUACUGUCGACACUAAAUUACACUCGUUCUGUGAUUUCUUUAAUUGUUUUCGACACACCACUACUUUAGCUUUGAGCCUUGUUUGAUGUUUACAGUGUUUCAAUCACCCAUAUCUGUGUGUUUCUGCAGACCACCACCAAAUGAUUUGUAUAUAUGUAGCAAUAAUGCUGUUUUAAUAAACAAGAUUUCUCGCAAAAGUGAAUC